AGUCCAGGUUGCAGUCCCAGAUCGUCAAAGCCUCGCCUCGCCUACACUCCACCACCUCCAUCUCGUAAGCUCCAACACACCAUCAAAUUAAUCGCGCUCCUUCUCCCACCAGCUCUCCCCCUUUUUUUCCUGCCCACAUACAAAUGCUUGGGCAUUAGCGAUCCUCCUCCUCGUUCUCCUUCCCCUUCUCCCUCCUCUGGGUCUGGGUGCGCCCUCCCCUGCUCCACUUCUCCGGCGCUGACAUGACGUCCACGGCGUACUCGCGGUCGUCCAAGCUGCCGGGCGGCGAGCGGCGGCUGCCCCCGCGCCUCAUGCGGGGGUUCGCGUCCAAGAUCGAGCCCAAGAAGCUGGGCGUCGGCCUCAUCGCCGGCUGCUGCCUCGCGCUCCUCACCUACGUCUCCCUCGCCAAGCUCUUCGCAAUCUACUCCCCUGUCUUCGCUAGCUCGGCCAACACGUCCGCGCUGAUGCAGCAGAACGCGCCGCCGACCUCGUCCAAGCCGUCCGUGCCGGAGACGGAGACCAUCCCGCCGCAGGAGACGAUAGGCGGCGGCGGCGACAGCUCGGAUCCCGUCGAUCUGCGUGAGGGCGCGACGGGCUCCGAGGAGCCCGGCUUGCCGGAAGCUGCCCUCACGAGGAAGGACAUGGCGGCGGGCUCCGACGAGCCCGGCUUGCCCACCAGGAAGGACGACGGCGAGGAUGCGGCGGCCGAGCCCACCACCAAGCCAUCUGCUGCAGCUGAGGAUGGCAAGGGCAAUGGCAGUGGUGGCGGGCAAGGAGUAGGCAAGAUGAUUUGCGACGAGAACGGCGUGGACGAGGGGUUCCCGUACGCCCGGCCGACCGUGUGCGAGCUGUCCGGCGACGUCCGCGUGAGCCCGAAGCAGAGGACGGUGUACCUGGUGAACCCGUCGGGCGGCGGCGGGUUCGACGAGCGCGGCGAGAAGCGGGUCCGGCCGUACGCCCGCAAGGACGACUUUCUUCUCCCCGGCGUGACGGAGGUGACGGUGAAGUCGGUGCCUUCGGCCGCGGUGGCGCCCAAGUGCACGAGGCAGCACACCGCGCCGGCGGUGGUGUUCUCCGUGGCCGGGUACACGGACAACUUCUUCCACGACAUGGCGGACGCGCUGAUCCCGCUGUUCCUGACGACGGCGCACCUGGACGGCGACGUGCAGCUGCUGGUGACCAACUACAAGCCGUGGUGGGUGCAGAAGUACACGCCGGUGCUGCGGAAGCUGUCCCGGCACGACGUGAUGAGCUUCGACGCCGCGGACGAGGACGACGCCGUGCACUGCUUCCCCGCGGGCGCGUUCCUGGGGCUGUACCGCGACCGGGACCUGAUCCUGUCGCCGCACCCGACCCGGAACCCGCGCAACCUGACGAUGGUGGACUUCGCGCGGUUCCUGCGCGGCGCGCUGGCGCUGCCGCGCGACCGGCCCGCGGCCCUCGGGGAGCAGCCCGGGGCGCGGCCCCGGAUGCUGAUCGUCUCGCGCGCCGGCACCCGGCGGCUGCUGAACCUGGACGAGGUGGCGGCGGCGGCGGACGAGCUGGGGUUCAACGUGACGUCGGCGGAGGCCGGCGCGGACGUGCCGGCGUUCGCGGCGCAGGUGAACGCGGCCGACGUGCUGGUGGGCGUGCACGGCGCCGGGCUGACGAACCAGGUGUUCCUGCCGACGGAGGCCGUGGUGGUGCAGAUCGUGCCGUGGGGCAAGAUGGACUGGAUGGCCACCAACUUCUACGCGCGGCCGGCGGCGGGGCUGGGGCUCCGCUACCUGGAGUACUACGUCGGGGCGGAGGAGACGAGCCUCAAGGACAAGUACCCGCGGGAGCACGUGGUGUUCAGCGACCCCAUGGCGCUCCACAAGCAGGGGUGGCAGGCGCUCGCCCAGACCGUCAUGAAGCAGGACGUCACCGUCAACCUCACUAUGUUCCGGCCCGUGCUGCUGCAGGCGCUCGACAAGCUGCAGCAGUGAGGGACCGUGAUUCCUGCUACUGUUCGUCUUCCUCGAAUUCGCCAUUGCCGACCGGCCAUCCCGAGACUGUGGAGGCUAGCUAGCUGCUGCUGCUCCUGCCAAGUACAGUACUAUCGCUAGAAAAAAAGAAAAAUGAGAGAUAGAGAGGGAAUGAAGGAGGCUUCAAAUUUGCAAUCGAGUUGGUUUGUAUUUUUUUUGGUUUCAACCGUAGCAGUGCAGCAGAAACACCAGCUUGGAUAGUGCGUUUUACAUACACUACAGUCUACACGCGAACAAGAAUCAUGUUCAUUCUUUUCCUUGACGAGUUGACUCCACCUGGCAAUGGCAUUCUUCUUCUACUGAUGAACACAUCACUAAUGUAUUUUGGGGAUUGAGCUGUU